AUGCUUGCACACUACGACCUCCACAAGCCUCUCAUUUUGGCUUGUGACGCCUCACCUUAUGGUCUGGGUGCGGUACUUUCCCACCUCCUACCUGAUGGUUCUGAGAAACCAGUGGCAUUUGCCUCGAGAUCCUUGACAAAGACAGAAAGCAACUAUGCCCAAAUUGAUAAAGAAGCACUUGCGUUGAUAUGGGCAAUUCGAAAGUUUCACCUUUACCUCUAUGGCAGAGAGUUCACCAUAUUAACGGAUCAUAAACCUCUACUUCAAAUCUUUAGCCCCGACAAAGGAAUCUCCCAGACAACGGCAGCCCGUCUGCAACGCUAUGCCCUGUUCUUGGGCGCAUAUAACUACCGUAUACAGUAUCGAAGCCAUGAUGCAAAUGCCAAUGCGGAUGCAAUGUCCCGGCUGACGGAAAUGCUUCCAAACUCUUCUCCAUCUGUCAAGGUUUGUGGGUACACCACCACACACCUCCUGACUUCUGGAGAGAUAGCAGCCCAUACGAUGAAGGAUACUGUUCUGAAAACAGUGCUUUCCUUUGCACAAACAGGCUGGCCAGUGACUAUAACAGAGGAUUAUGAACCUUACUACCGAAGGCGGAUGGAAUUGACUGUGAAUGACAAUUGUGUCUUAUGGGCAGAACGAGUGAUCAUUCCAAAAACCCUGCAGAGACAUAUCUUGGACUUGCUACAUGCUGGUCAUCCUGGUACCACACGGAUGAAACAGAAAGCACGAGGCUAUGUGUGGUGGCCUUGCAUAGAUGCCGAUAUCACAGCCUAUGUCAAUGCUUGUAUAGGAUGUGCACAAACUGCCAGAGACCCACCACGAGGAUGUAUUCAGCCCUGGACUUGGCCCACGGUUCCUUGGUUUCGCCUUCAUUUGGAUUUUGCAGGUCCAAUAAAGGGGCAAACCUUCUUGGUUAUAAUUGACGCCCACUCGAAAUGGCCCGAGGUGUUUCCGAUAAACCAGCCAACUACAAAAGCUACGAUUGUCAUAUUAUUGCAUCUCUUUGCCACAUUUGGAUACCCUAGAGAGAUUGUCACAGAUAAUGGGGCCCAAUUCACAAGCCAUGAAUUUAAGAGUUUUGUUACUGUUCAUAACAUCAAGCACAAGUUAACCGCGCCUUACCACCCAGCGACCAAUGGCCAAGCGGAACGGUUUGUACAGACUUUCAAGAAUUACUUCAAGGCCACAGUGGCUUCAACUAACCAAAGGUCCCUAUCUCCUCAGAAGUUGGACUCUUUUCUUUUCGCUUACAGAACAACACCACAUGCUACUACUGGUACAACACCAGCUGAGUUGCUUUUAGGCCGACGGCCAUGGACUGCUUUUGACAUGCUUCAUCCUAAGACUGUUCAUGACCAUGUAUUGCACUCCCAGGAGAAAAUGGUCACGUCCAAAGAGUCACCCAUUUUUGAAGUCCGCCAAGCGGUCUGGACACGAUCUUAUGGAUCUUCCAACACUCGGUGGCUUCCUGCCACUAUUGUGGAAUCUUUGGGACCCAAGAUGUACACAGUCCGUCUGGAAGAUGGUUCUGUUACCAGACGACAUGUAGACCAAUUAAGGUCCCGUUCCCGGUUUCCCGAACCCUUGAACCCCAAACUUUCCAAUUUCAAAUCCAGUGAGACGGAGGACAUCUGGAACGGCGUUUGGGUUGACUCUGAAAGCUUGAAUUCACCUUCUGGGGCGGUCUGCGAUUCUGGUUCUGAGGUUCCUCAUGGUUCUGAGGUUCCCAGCUUGAACCCACCACAUACCCCUUCGUCCUGUCCUGCCACCUCUGACACCCUGACGGCUGGGGGCCGUCCCCAGCGCCACCGCCACCCUCCUGACCGCUUACAACUUCAAGAACGAAUACGCGACUUCAGUCGGUCCUUCCAUAGGACACGGAAAAAUCCUGAAGGUUAUUCGUCCCCUCACCUUCCUUCAGAAGACUAG